AUGUCUGAAUUUCUUGGCUCUCGGAUAUCCUUGAUAUCGAGGAGCGACAUCCGCUAUGUCGGUACCUUGCACAACAUCAACUCGGAGGAGUCUACCGUCUCCCUAGAGAAUGUCCGGUCAUUCGGAACAGAGGGUCGCAAGCACAAUCCCGAGGAGGAAGUGCCCGCCUCUGACCAGGUCUACGAGUAUAUCGUUUUCCGCGGCAGCGAUGUGAAGGAUCUCCGCAUAGAAGAGGGUCCUUCGGCUCCCAAGGAGAACAAGCCUCCGAUCCCCGAUGAUCCCGCAAUCCUCGGCGCUCGUCCCCGUCAGCCCAAUGUCGCACCGGGCCCUCCUGGGCCUCCAGGCCCACACGGUCCUCCCCUCGGUCAAGCCGGCGCGCCCGGUCACCAAGGUCCGCCGCCUCCUGGCGCCCCUGGCGCCCCUGGCUUUGGUUACUAUCCUCCUCACAUGGGUGGUUGGGGACGUGGUGGUGCUCCUGGUGCUCCUCCCAAUGCAUUCGGUGGCAUGCCGUACCCCCCUCCCCCCGGAUGGUUCCCUCCCGGUCAGGAGUUCCCCAUGGGCCCCGGUCCCGGUCCGUGGAACAACUACCCCUACCCGCCUGGUCCUGGUGUCGCUCCGGGUGGCGUUCCGGGCCAGGGAGGUCGCCAGUCUGCGAACCAGACCCCGAGCAGCCAGGCUCCCGGCCCGAAGCCUGCACCUAUUGGUCCCGCGGGAGACAAGAAAGGACCGUCUACGCCAAGCCAGGCUCAACAGCAACCCCAGCAGCACGAGCUGUCUGCCGAUGUGCCCAAGUCUUUUGGUCAGCAGCCUGCUGCCGGUGCCCCCUCUUUGCCCAACGAUUCAAAGCCCACUGUUGAGGAGGUUAAAGCCACUGCUGCGUCUCUAAACAAUGCCGCUCCUUCUGGUCCUGCCUCCCAACAGAAGAACAUUCCCACUGGUCCUAAGGGCAACACCACUCGUCCCACCCAGAUUCUUCCUGCUGUUCCGCUACCCGCUGCCCUUACUGCGAGACCCGUUCAGCCGACGGCUGGAUCCGCCAAGCCUGAGAUUGGAGGCGGACCGAUGAGCGCGGCCCAGUUGCGUGACGCUACCCAGCAGGCUAGAGCGGCCGUCGCUGUUGCUAUGGCUAAUAUGGUCAAGCUAGAUGGCCAAGUAGCUACCCAGCAGCAAGCAACCGCCGCUGCUGUUGACAAUCUCACCAAGCGGGUUAACGAGAUGAAUGUCAACGCCGCUGCGUCUGCUUCCGCCCCUCGCGCCCCCUUGAACCAUAACGCAGCCGCUGCCAACCGCGGUGGUCGGGCUCGUGGUCCUCGUCCGGCCAAGGUUGAGGUCCCUGACUCAGACUUUGACUUCGAGUCCUCUAAUGCCAAGUUCAACAAGCAAGAAAUUGUUAAGGAGGCUAUCGCUGGUUCUCCCCUUGGCGAGGAGCCGGCAAUUGAAUCGGCUGCUCCCGAAGUUGUUCCCGAUGUCUCCGGUGUUGCCCAGCAAGCCUACAACAAGAGCAAGUCAUUCUUUGACAACAUCUCAAGUGAGGCCAAGGACAGAGCUGAGAACAAUGGCCAGAAGCCGGGUGGUCGCGAGUGGCGUGGUGAGGAACAACGCCGCAACAUCGAGACCUUCGGUCAAGGCAGUGUUGAUGGUGGCUACCGCGGCUAUCGCGGUGGCAGAGGUCGUGGUCGCGGUGGUCGUGGCCGCGGCUUCCGUGGUGGAAGAGGUGCGAGCAACGGCUUCCCUCGCCGUGAUGCGCCCGCCGCUGCACAGUAA